AUGUCAGGAUCCCACGAAUUGAAGCGUCUAUUGCUGCAGGUGCUACCAUCGUCUACCAUGAUGGCACAAGGUCGCUUGCUGUGUAUCCAAAACCACUUGGCGAUGGUUUGUGAUAGCCUUUGGGCAAUCAAUUCAAUGAUUGUUAUCCCUGAGAUGAGAGUGGUGUAUAAUGAAUAUUUCCCAUCACUGGAGAUGCUAGAUGUGCCGGUGGAAUUUGAAGAUUGGGAGACAGACGUGGCUGCAGCAGUUAUAGAUGUGGGAGAGUUGCUCAGUAGAAUCAUGGAUUGGGAAGCAAGUUUGCAUCGUUCCAUUGUGGGCAACACCCAACAGGUGAACUUUCGCCAUGUUAUUCUAGUAGAGCUGAAAGAGAUGUUGUGCAACUUGAAUUCUCUUGUGCUGAGAGGAUCUUCAAUGGGUCUUCCAAGGGACCCUAUGGGUUCUAUGAACCCACUCCGAGAAGACUACUCAAUUGUCCUAAAAAAUGAGGUCGUGGGUAGAGAGGAAGAUCUAGAGAAAAUCAUUGCAAUCUUGGAACAACAACUAGUAUCAUCCAACAACAAUGGCGAUGAUAACAACCCGUUUGUAAUUGUCAUAGUUGGCAAAGGAGUUGGGAAGACGACUUUGGCGCAUAUGAUCUACCACCACACUUGGGUUCGCCAACAAUUUCAUCAUCGCAUUUGGGUGGAUCUACCCCUCUUUUCGACAUUCAAGAUGAUUAAUAUAAUUGGAGAUGAAUUUGUAAGGUCUAUAAACAAGGAAAAAUGUUGUGAUCAGAAAUUACACCUAGACCUGCCGCUACCAGCCAUAUGGGAAUUUAUUAAUGAACAACUCUGUGGUAGCAGAUACUUGUUGGUGCUUCAUUGUGAAAAUUUAACUACUUUGAUGCAACCAGAGUGGAAUGAAUUAAAGAACAUCUUGUUGCUUGUGGGCAGUCCGGGGAGUGGAGUCUUGAUCAUCUACAAAACAUCAACACAAUUAGAAAGUGAUAUGGGUUUUCUAAAUGGGACGAAGGAUAUUAUAACAUACUGCUUGAAUCCCUUAUCGCUGGAUGCACGGGUGGAAUUAUUCAAGAGACAUGCAAAGCAGGACAAAUCAGAGAAGGAUGCAUGGAUCUUCCGAAAUUACUUUCCUAGUCAAACUUUUGGGGCAAAGAUUUUUGGAUCAUUAAUCCAUAAUAUUCCGACAUCAUUUGUCACUGACGUACUUAAUGAUAUUUAUAUGAUUAUGAAUUUUCCAUUUGUCAUCAUACGAUUACACCAAUACCAUCACCUACUUGAUGUCGAAAAUGAUAAUGAUGUCAUCUUACACAUGUUGACCGCUGAAUACCUCAUACCAACUGAAGGCCUCGAACGAGAUUGGACUCAGCUCUAUGCAAGAUAUUUAAGAUAUAUAAACAAGACAGUACUAGCCUUAGUGUUUUCAAGGAUGGUGUACUUGCAUAUGAAGGUUCCCGAAGAUUCAACUAUCAUUCCAUGGUAUUGUCGCUAUUUGUGUUUGAAAAUUAAUCAUAGAGUUAUACCAUUUCGACUACCGACCAUGCCAGUCGAGGUGAGCAAUAAACUGAUAACAUUGAUUCUACGAGAACAUGAGGAAGCGACACAAGAAGAUGUUGAGGAAAUAACACUUGAAGUAUACAAAAAAAGACGCAUGAAAGCAACAACUGCAAUAUCAAAGUUCCUCAACAAGAUGUCGGUGAGACUCGUACAUUUGCGUAUAUUAGUUGUAGAAACUGGUAUGAUCCAAAGGCUACCCAAUGAAGUUAGCAAGUUGAUUAACUUGAGAUACCUCCACCUUUCAAAGCUUAAGAUGGAAUUACUUCCGAAAUCACUUUUUGACCUACCUAAUUUGCGAAUUUUAAGUUUGCUUCAUUGCCAAAAGCUUCAAAAGAUACCUGAACGAAUCCAUCAGCUUAAGAAGUUGCAGAUUUUGAAACUAGCUUAUUGCACAAAGCUUCAGCAGUUACCAAAAUCUAUAACAAGGCUUAAAAACUUGGAAGUGAUUGAUGUGGAAGGUUGUUGUUGGCUCAGCAAACUCCCAGAUGAUUUGCUCAGUUUUAAAUCACUGAGAAUCCUCAACGUCACAAGAUGUGCAUCCUUGUCUCAAAUUCCCCGUGGGAUUGAACAAUCAAUUGACCUUCGUAAGUUGUCAGGAAUAUUUGUCGAUGUCGAUGGAGGUUUUGUGCUCGCACAGUUGCAAACUUUAACAAAUCUUCAGGAAAUAAGAUUACGAAACCUAGAACGAGCGGAGAAGACUCAAACUGAGGUACUGAUGGGCCAACAAAGUCUUCGCGACUUGUCAUUGCAUUGGGGUGGUGAAGAAGCAAAUGAGAGUUCUGAAUCAGCUACACCAUUGCAGUUGAGGUCAGACUCAUCAAUCUCAGGAGGUGUGCUACAUUACCAUCACUCGCUGAACUUCCUUGUGUCGAGAAGCUUGAGAUAA